AUGGCCAACCAUCCCCGAAGCCUCUCAGCCAACCCUGCCAUGCUUCUCCUCAGCCACUCUGCCGCUGCCGCCGAUCCUGCCGACAAGGGCAACAACAAUACCCCCACACUCGCCCACAUGCCCGCCCUGCCCAGCACCCUCAGCACCGACAAUCAGCUCUUACCCUGGUGGGUUGGGGUUCUAGAUUUUAAAUUGUUCCAGUUGGCUAAAAGUGGCCGUACGGCGACGACUGCCUGA